UUGGACCUAACAUGUAAUGUUAAACUACUGAUUUCAAAUCGGUGAUCACUGCAUGUCGAUUGUAAUCUUUGAAUGAAAAUGAGUUGGUUGUAUGAAUUUGUGUGCCGUGUGGUUUUGACUUAGAAAAACGAGGGAAGUAGAUCAAGUAAAAUUUUGUGACAAUGGAUGGAGAUCACGCAUGUGGAAGUGAGAAUUCUAGUGUUUCCUUAGUUAAUAACACAUCGACCUCUCGCGGUUCUUCAAGUGACGAUUCUUCCCCCGGUCCACCGUGCAACGAAAUGAACCAACUCGGACGGUGUGUUGAUGAUGUAAAUAACGGUGUAACAGGUGAUGACUGCGAGAUAUUAAAAUUUCCAGCUGUCAGCUGCCCAGAAAAAAUAGUGUUAUGUGUUGAUUUAGCGGAAGAUCCUGAUUAUACUCCGUUUAAACUAGGACAAGGAUCGAAGUUCUCCCCCUUGUAUAUGGUCAAGAGGGUGACAGAAAUAUUUUUGUAUAGUAAAAACAUCAUAAGCCUUGAACACGAGUUUGCGUUGGUUGUGUUAAAGACUGAUGAAGCGGUGUGGCUAAGUGAUUUUUGUAGUAAUCCGAAGGAAAUCAUAUCCAUACUGGAAGGUUUGAGUGAAACCACACAAAAUGAAACUUUCAAUCUUACGUCAUUGUUCGACGUUAUAAAACGAAAUGUAAAACUUCCUGCACCUCAUGCCAAUAAUCCAGAACUUUGCCCACCGUACUCGGUGAGAGUAAUUUUGUUAUAUAGCCGGUCAUUCUGCGUCCCAGAAUUUAGACAAGGACGAGAGUCUUUUAAUGUCCUCACAUCAUCUCCGUAUUUUACAUUGGAUAUUCUGUAUAUACAUGAACAGCCUUCAGAGGACAAUAAAUGUGAAGAAGCAUUUAGUGUUUUAGAUGGAUUAGAUGAGCAGGAACUCUCCUAUGUGUAUGAUGUCCUCAGAAAUGCAACGAAAUUGCAUGACCAUAUGGCUAAGCUUCUUGCGCAUCCGCUUCAACGACCAGCACAGAAAAGAACUCAUUAUAAAUUGAAGGAGCCGCAGGAUAUUCCAAAAUAAUUUGUAUGUAUUGUAUAUAUGUGUUAUAAGCUUUAUUUGUGGAGAUUUUUUGAAGAAGCUUACUGAAUUGACAAGUUGCAGAGUUAUGUACGGUAAUGAAGUAUUAAAUUUUAGUACUGUGAGAAAACAUUACACAUUGGAGCUGCAGAAUAUCUGCAAGUAAUGUUCCUAUAUUUUGUUACAGCUGCACAGUUUUAAUGCAGAUAGUCUACUUAACUGCCACAUUGCAGGGUUAAAUGUUGCUGAAGUGUUUUGGAAACAAUAAAUUAAAAUGACAUAUAACAUAUUCAUUUUAUACGGUCAUUUUUGCAUA